CUGGUACGGCUACCUCAGGGUUCUAUGAAGAAUCUUUUUACCGGAGGUGCUUGGCCAAGAAAAGGUGGUAGAUCACUUCUUGGGUACGCUAUUCCUCCUCCAAAUGUCCACUCAACCGACUGGAGAGAUAUGCUAGCGAUCAUAGAAUCUCACGAUUUGGCUCGAGAUGAGACGAAUGGGGUAGGUUAUUUUAGUAUCCAUGCAAUUAAGGUACUGUUCAAUUUUAACUGGAUGGGUUGUAGCACGUACUUCAAGAGCUCUUAUGAUUGUAGAUGUGGUUGUGGUCGCCUUCGACAUGCACACAUUGAUAUUCCUUCGUUGACUAGUUCAUUUUUGAAUCAUCAUGGAGGCGAUUACGUCAGUAAGAGGAGAGAACAUGACAGUGAUGCGGCGGACGAACAAAUUGAAGUCGGUCGCCGAAGCGGUAAACUUGGGGAGCGGUGGAGUUUAAAGAAGCACACGAUUUGCCUUCCCACAAAUGCCUUCGGCACUAUUGAGUUUCAAGGUGGUCCUCAUCCUCACAAGGCACAGUAUGUUCGUCUUUCAUUUGAUACUGACCCGGCUCUCAUCAUAUCAAUGUUUGAAGAGGUUUGGCAAAUAGCUCCACCGAAGCUUAUCAUCACUGUACACGGUGGGACAAAUAAUUUUGAUAUUCAACCAAAACUAGCGCGGGUAUUUCGUAGAGGUUUGCUGAGAGCAGCUACGACUACGGGAGCGUGGAUUAUUACCAGCGGUGUAGACACAGGAGUUGUGCGCCAUGUUGCCGCUGCUUUUGAGGGUGCCAGCUCAAGCUCUCGUAACAAGGUGGUCUGUAUUGGAAUUUCGCCCUGGGGAUUACUCAAAAAGAGAGAUGAAUUGAUUGGCGAGGGUGUAUGUGUACCGUAUUAUCCAUUUUCCAGUAAAACUAGGUUCACUGCAUUGAAUAAUCGGCAUUCCUACUUCCUUCUUGUCGAUAACGGAAGCGUUGGCAGAUAUGGCGCAGAAGUUAUUCUUCGAAAGCGAUUAGAAACGUACAUUGCACAGAAGCAGAAGAUCUCCGGUGGUUCACGCAGCGUUCCUGUAGUUUGUGUGGUUCUCGAAGGUGGAAGCUGCACCAUCAGAUCCGUUUUGGACUAUGUUACAAAUGUUCCUAGAGUUCCUGUGGUUGUGUGUGACGGUAGCGGUCGUGCUGCAGAUCUUUUAGCUUUUGCCCAUCAGACGGUGCGAGAGAACGGGUCAUUUCCUGAUGGCGUUCGUCCACAGUUGGCCGAACUUGUACAGAGAGUUUUCGACUGUGGUGGACCCACAGCUGACAAAGUCGUUACAGAACUAAUAAUGUGCACCCAGCAGAAGCAUUUGAUGACGGUUUUCCGUCUAGGAGAGAAAGGUGGACAGGAUGUGGACCACGCAAUUCUUAGUGCUCUUUUGAAGGGUCAGAAUUUGUCUCCUGCCGAUCAAUUAGCUCUUGCACUAGCAUGGAGUCGUGUUGACAUUGCAAGAUCUGAUAUUUUCACCUCCGGUCAGGAGUGGCCACAAUCUGCACUACACAGUGCAAUGAUGGAAGCGUUAAUCAACGAUCGUGUCGACUUCGUUCGGCUACUGCUAGAAAAUGGUGUGAACAUGCAACGUUUUUUGACGAUCGGACGGCUAGAAGAGCUUUACAAUACUGACAAAGGACCACCAAACACAUUGUAUUACAUUAUUAGAGAUGUAGUGAAGGUGCGACAAGGAUAUCGAUAUAAAUUACCUCAUAUUGGGUUGGUCAUUGAGAAGCUGAUGGGAAAUGCCUACAAAUCGUCUUAUACGACUUCUGAAUUUAGAUCCAAGUACUGCGCAUUCAUGAAGAAAUUCAGGGUUAGAUGUCACCUAAAUGGCUAUAAUAUGCCUCGAGGUUCUGGCGCUAUGUCGCGGCAAUCGACUGAACCGAGUGGAUUUCUUAGCGGUUUUGCAGCACCUGCUGUUGCAGAACCGAUUGUUGAAGGAGUUGCAGCUGUCAGCGGUAGUCGAGCCCUCUCCAAUCAUAUUUUGUGGCGGUCUGCAUUUCGAAGAGACUACUUUAUUUCACAGAAUCCAAUUGUGAUGCGGCAGACAAACAUUGCUGAUUCUCGUGAAUGCUGUAGUGAACAAGAUGACGAGCUGUCAAACACGGGUGGCACGGACAGCUCCCGAUUAAAAGAGUUCGAAUUCCGAUACCCUUUUAGUGAGCUGUUGUUGUGGGCAGUUUUGACAAAAAGACAAGAAAUGGCCAUGUGUUUGUGGCAACAUGGAGAAGAAGCAUUGGCAAAGGCGCUCGUUGCCUGUCGCCUUUACAAAAGCUUGGCCACCGAAGCAGCCGAAGACUACCUUGAGGUUGAAAUUUGUGACGAACUGAAGAAGUAUGCUGAGGAGUUUCGCUUGCUUUCAUUGGAGCUGUUAGAGCAUUGCUAUCACCAGGACGAUGCGCAAACACUACAGCUUUUAACGUAUGAGCUAUCAAAUUGGGGAUGUCAAACGUGCUUAUCGCUGGCAGUUAUGGUGAACAACAAGCAGUUUCUUGCACAUCCAUGUUGCCAAAUACUGUUGGCAGAUUUGUGGCAUGGAGGUUUACGAAUUAGAAGCCACUCCAAUCUAAAAGUGAUUUGCGGAUUACUGUUCCCAAUUUCAAUUUUCAUGUUGGAGUUCAAGACUAGAGAAGAAUUGCUUAAUCAACCGCAGACAGCAUUGGAACAUGAACAUGAUUUGAACGAGAGUAGUAGUUCAUCAAGUUCCAGUUCAAGUUCUUCGGAAGAUUCAAGCUCCAGCAGUUUUGAAGACGAGGAGGACGAAGAAAAGGUGCUGCUUUUCUCAAUUGCUGUCACUAAGCAAAGUGAAGAUCCUUUCAACACUCGACCAGGUUUUUUGAUGACUGUGGGGGCGAACCUUCCCCGAAUGCGGCCAAUAAAAAUUCGCCGUCGCCUGUACGAGUUCUAUACUGCACCUAUCACUACAUUUUGGGCUUGGACAUUAUCUUUCUGUUUAUUUCUUUGUGCUUUCACAUAUGUGCUUUUAAUUCGAACUCCUCCAACUCCUACGUUGUUGGAAUGGGUGUUUUGUUCAAGAUUUGCGCUCACUAACUAUUUCUUCCACAACUACUGGAAUACGGUCACUACAGUGGCUGUUAUAUCGUAUAUAGUUGGCUUUAUAAUGCGUACUUGUGGUGCGGUGGAAAUGGGAAGAGUGGUCCUGGCUUGCAGUUCAGUGCUCUGGUCAAUGAAAUUACUUGAUUACAUGAGUGUACAUCCUCGACUUGGUCCAUAUAUUACCAUGGCUGGUAAAAUGAUAUUAAAUAUGUCGUACAUAAUAGUCAUGUUGGUCGUGUCACUGUUAGCGUUUGGUCUCGCACGUCAAUCCAUAACCUAUCCAAAUGAGGACUGGCACUGGCUACUAGUUCGUAAUAUUUUCUACAAGCCAUAUUUCAUGCUGUACGGAGAAGUAUACGCUGACGAAAUUGACACCUGUGGUGAUGAAGCAUGGGAUUCUCAUUUGGAGAACUCAGUUCCUAUUACGAACAGUACAACAGGAGCAACCUGUGUUCCUGGACAUUGGAUCCCUCCUGUUCUGAUGACGUGCUUCUUGCUGGUCGCUAACAUUCUUCUGAUGAGUAUGCUGAUUGCAAUAUUUAAUAACAUUUUCGACCAAACUGACGAAAUAGCUCAACAAAUCUGGCUUUUUCAUCGAUAUCGCCAAGUGGGUUCCUUUUCUUUGCACUUACUUCCUCUUACUCCUUUUGUACCUCCUCCAUUCACCCCACUUUCGCACGCUGGCCUUGCUUUGCGUUAUUUUAAGAUGCGAUUUACAUCCACUAUUAAGAAUAAGGAUCCCGACGGUCAAAAAAAGAUGUUCGACUUCAGCCUAAAACUCUUCUUGAAUGACGAUCAAGUGGAGAAAUUACACGACUUCGAGGAAGAUUGUAUGGAUGACUUAGCAAGAGAUAAAGAGCAUCGAAAACGCACUAGCAACGAGGAGCGCAUACAGCGCACUGCUGAAAGGACUGAUGUUAUCCUAAAUCGUAUCAAUGACUUGGCUGUGAAGGAAGUUAACACUCGCGAAACAAUCGCAGAAUUAGACAAUAGGUUGAGUACGAUUGAGAAAACUCAGGUCAGUAUAGUUAUCCUUCCACAGUUUUUGAUAAAUUUAUUCAAGGUUCUUUUUCACCUAUUGCUCCUCUUGAAUAUAAUACCAUCGUAG